CUCCCCUGAUUGGCCAUUGCCCCCAUCAGUCUGGAGGAAAUUGAAACAGGCACGAGUUAGCCCGUAAGCCUGCGCUCCAGAAGCAGCAGCGUAGUCCACGUAGUGGGAACCAAGGGGUCCUGAUGCGCAAGUCACGGCAACCCUCGGCGGAGAUGAAGGCGGACUCCGACUGGCUCUGAUUUUUAAAAGUAUUUUUCAUUCAGCGGGUUGCUUGCCGACGGUUGUCACUAUGACAGCACCGUUAUCCCCAGCACCCUCCGCUGCAAAAAUGGCGUCAGUGAACCGGGUCCGUGCGUUGACGUUAAUUUUCUUGACUGUCACUGGCUGUUUUGUCACCCCCACAAGUGGCAAGGAAGGGUCCGAGGACACCGUUAUAACCGGGCUCCGAUUGGAGGACACGGACGACAUUUCCUUCAUGGAUAAGGGCUUCCUGCGGGUGAGUGAGCGCUCUCGGGUGAAAUUAAGAGUCUACGGGCAGAACAUCAACAACGAGACCUGGUCCAAAAUCGCCUUCACGGAGCACGAGAGGAGCCGCGCGGUGGGGAGCCUCGACGCCUCCUCCUCGGGGGAUAACCACAGCCGGGAGGACUCGUCCGGCUUGCAUCCGUGCGGUAUCAGGACUUCGGAUAUCAUCAUUUUACCAAACAUUAUCGUGAACAGAAAGACGUCCGGGAUAGUCGAGAUCGAAGUGAAACCUCUACGGAAGACGGAGAGGAGCAAAUCCUAUUACCUUUGCAUCGCCACUUCCACACCUGCCGCGGCCGGAAUGCACGACCCUUGGACGGAGAACACCUGGAUCUACCACGACGGUGAUGACACCAGAGUGAUAGUAGUGGAGGAGAAGAAGUUCCUGCUGCCUUUCUGGCUCCAGGUCAUCUUCAUCUCCAUGCUGCUGUGUCUGUCCGGGAUGUUCAGCGGCUUGAACCUGGGGCUCAUGGCUCUGGACCCCAUGGAGCUGCAGAUUGUCCAGAAUUGCGGCACGGAAAGGGAGAAGAACUACGCCAAGAAGAUCGAACCGGUCAGGAGCCAAGGGAAUUACUUACUUUGCUCGCUUCUGCUGGGGAACGUGCUGGUGAACACCACGCUCACCAUUCUUCUGGAUGAUAUCGCCGGUUCAGGCUUGAUCGCCGUGGUCAUGUCCACCAUCGGAAUAGUCAUCUUCGGGGAAAUUGUGCCCCAGGCUAUCUGCUCCAGACACGGCCUGGCUGUGGGUGCCAACACCAUUUUCUUGACAAAGUUUUUCAUGCUCCUCACCUUCCCGGCUUCCUACCCGGUGAGCAAGCUUCUGGACUACCUUCUCGGGCAGGAGAUUGGCACCGUGUACAACCGGGAGAAACUUCUGGAGAUGCUGCGCGUCACAGAUCCUUACAACGAUCUUGUCAAGGAGGAGCUCAACAUCAUCCAGGGCGCGCUGGAGCUGAGGACUAAGACCGUGGAGGUGGUGAUGACGCCUCUUCGGGAUUGCUUCAUGAUCCCGGGGGAUGCCACGCUGGACUUCAACACCAUGUCUGAAAUCAUGGAGAGCGGAUACACGCGCAUACCGGUCUUUGAGGGCGAGAGAUCCAACAUUGUGGACCUUCUCUUUGUCAAGGACCUGGCUUUUGUGGACCCGGAUGAUUGCACGCCGCUUAAGACCAUCACCAAAUUUUACAGCCACCCGUUGCACUUUGUCUUCAACGACACCAAGCUGGACGCCAUGUUGGAAGAGUUUAAAAAAGGAAAAUCCCAUCUGGCCAUAGUUCAGAGGGUCAACAAUGAGGGUGAGGGAGACCCUUUCUACGAAGUUCUGGGUAUUGUCACCCUGGAGGACAUUAUCGAGGAAAUCAUCAAGUCAGAGAUCCUGGACGAGACAGACUUGUACACCGACAACAAGACGAAGAAGAAAAUCACCCAUCGAGAGAGGAAGCAGGAUUUCUCGGCCUUCAAGCCCACCGACAACGAAAUGAAGGUUAAAAUAUCACCUCAGCUUCUGCUGGCUACCCUGCGUUUCCUAGCAACAGAAGUCGACCUGUUCGCACCGCCGCAAAUGUCGGAAAAGAUUCUGCUGCGUUUGCUGAAGCAUCCCAACGUCAUCCAGGAGCUGAAAUACGACGAGAAGAACAAGCGGGCGUCUGAGCACUACCUCUUCCACAGGAACAGGCCUGUGGACUAUUUCAUCCUCAUUCUGCAGGGCAAAGUUGAAGUGGAGGCAGGAAAAGAGGGGAUGAAGUUCGAAGCAGGACCGUUUUCCUUCUAUGGAAUGAUGGCCCUGACUGUUUCGCCAGUCCCACUGUCUCUUUCUCGAACCUUUGUCAACAGGGCUGAUUCGUUAGCCGGGUCACCAGAGAGUAAAUCGCCGCCACGGCCGUUUGGACUGAAUCAUUCAGACUCUCUGAACAGGAGCGAGCGAAUAGACGCCAUCACUCCGACGCUGGGCAGCAGCAACAAUCAACUCAACUCCUUCCUGCAGAUCUACGUCCCCGACUACUCUGUCCGAGCGUGCUCAGACCUGCAUUACAUAAAGGUAACACGGCAGCAGUACCAGAACGCGGUGAUGGCGUCGCGCAUGGACAAGACGCCGCAGUCCACAGACAGCGAGUUCACGAAAAUCGAGCUCACGCUGAGCGAGCUCCGCGAUGGCGUGGAGACCUCCGCCGUGGUCACCAGCAUAGCCGGCACCACCGCACCCGCCCCGGCCGUGACGCUACCCCUGGCAAACGAGACCUCCCACCUGCUCAACCAGCAGCAGCACAACUGCGUGGGCGUGAGCAGGAGCAACCACAGCGCUCACAAGGAGGGGCCCGUGUAGAACCCCCGACCCGCCACCCUCCUGCCCUGACGGACCGGACACACGGUGCAGCGGCGUAGCUAGAGAGACGAGGGGAACGUGGGGGUGCCCUCGGAUGCUGCUCCCCCACCACACACUCUGUUAGCGAGGCCCUACGAAAGGGGGGCGGGAAGUGAGGGGGAGGUGAGUGAAACGCCCCCCCCCCCGCCCCCGCCACCUGUCAGAAGCCCUGCUCUGCUACACCCUCUUACACGGACGGUGCUGAGACUGAGCUUCCUUUCGGGACAAUCUGACACUUUCAUAGCGGAAACUUAGACCAGAGGACAGAGUUACAGUGUGCAUGCAAGCCUCCCUACCGUACCCCCCCCCCCCCACACACACACACACACACACCACUCAGGCCAAAGACCUUGGUCCCCCCCACACCAUCCCUCCUUUGUUACACUGGACACACACUGCUGUUUGUUUGCACACAAACGAAUCCCACUUUUUUGCAUCUUUCAGGGAAACUCAGAGGAGCCCAUCAUCUGCAUGGACUCACGGAGCAAUGGUUUGGCAAAGACUGCACCAAAAACCGCUUUGAGAGAAACCAUUACAUCACAAACCAAGAAUGUUUUCCUGUAUUUAUUUAUUUUAUAAUAUUGUAUGUAUGUAUGUCUAUAUAUCUAUAUAUAUAUAUAUAUAUAUACAGUAUAUACACAUACAUGGGUGUGGCAUUUAAGUGCUCUUAAACGUCGCAUCAGACAGAAUAUGCUACAUAUGUGGAGCUGAACGUCCAUUCAUGUAUUCAUGUAUAUGAGGGGGUUUUACACAUACAUUAUGUACAUUACAGAUUGUCUUAUUUUUACUAUUGUAUAUUCGAAAUUGGGCAUUUUCACCCUUUAAAAAAAAAAAAAAAAAAAAUCACACUAUGCCUUUAAGAGAAAAAUCAUAACAGUAAUUAUUUUAACAAAGUGCAAUGAAGAGAAGUUUAUUUAAGAGAUGAUUAUUAAUGAGUGUAUUGUAAAAUGACAGAUAUAUUUGUAUCUAUGCUCUGUAUGUAUUUGUAUGUCUGAGCGAUACUAAAGCCAACAUCCCCGUGCAAAAUGCCCCUUCCUGUCUAAAUAGGAGGCCUUCUAUGGUUAUCAGCAUGGCUGAUGUUACCCCCCCAACUACCCACACCCCCCCCACACACACACUGUGGUGCACAUGGCGGCGAAGUCUCUUAUACUUUUUGUCCUUUAAUCAAACUUGACUUGCACAGUAUUAAUGACCUCAUCUAACACGCUGAGCAUCAUGGACGCCACAAGAAGAAACCUCAACAUUAAAAAUGGUGUCCACGAAUGACACACGCCGUUCCUUUUUCUACUCUCCUCUCGUUCGUCUACCCCCCCCCCCCCCCCCCCCCCCCGCCGCCCCCUGGCAGAGCUGGAGCCCGUUUGACAGCGGUGAAUGUGAAAGUACAGAUCAUAAUCCAUGUCGAAUAAUUCUUUAGUUACAUCCAGACUGUCGUGUCACAACUGCUGUGGCUGCUUAUUAAAAGAUUGA